UCGCCAUGGUAGUAAACAAACCUGGUAGUUUGACGUUUGACUCAUCACUGUAUUAUUAUUAUUAAUUAAAAAAUCAAAAGUUAGAUAAUGACAACGAUCAAAUUAAACGCAGUCAAAGUCGUAAUAUGCCUUAUCUUAAGUACAAAAAUCUUAUCAGUCACAGCCGUCCGUUGUUAUCAAUGUAGUUCAGAUCAGGACCCCAAAGGGCAAGAUAAUUGUGGGGCUUACAAAAAAUUCGAUAAAACACAUCAUAUUGCGAUAGAAUGUAACAGUGAAGAGAGCCACAUGCCGGGGUCUUUUUGUAUGAAAUUGACACAACAGAGCCCCAAAGGAUUCAUUUGGGAUGGUCGCUGGAGACAAGUAAUAAGAAGAUGUGCUUCAGUUGCAGACACUGGAGUUACAGGUGUCUGUAAUUGGGGGGUGUACGAAAAUGGGGUCUAUUGGGAGGAGUGCUAUUGUUCAGCGGAUGAAUGCAACAGUUCUAACCGAAUUACAGGGGUUUUAACCCCUGCCAUAGCCACGAUAUUGAUGCUCACUCUAAGAGUACUUGUGUAAAAAAAUAUGCCUUCUUUUUAUUCCGUCCAUGUUUUUGUUACACUCUCAUUUUUGUACUUUUACAUUAAUAAAACUAGUUUUUUAUAUA